GUGCAUGAAGUCCAGCUCUUCGAGGCGGUGCUUGCGCAUGUCUCCGAGCACUGGUACGAUUAUCCCGCCGCCUGUUUGGCUGAGAUCGGCCUGGCUUUAGCGCCGGUCAUGCCCACCACAGAGACUGUGAUGGAUGUGUAUCGAAGGAUGUUCAACCAGAUCCGACAGGAUCGAGACACCUUGGGUCUAAGGGAAGUUGGCAUCGCUGCCCGCUUCAUGGCAGAAGUGGAUCACAAGGGUGAGUUCAUGCCAGGUUUGGCACAGGCACUCUCACGACGUCUCAUGGACCUCAAAGAUGAGACACGAGAAUGUUACGACGUGGCCCGCGUGGCAGAAAUAUUCUCCAGACGUUGUCCAGAUGAGCAUGCUUUGUUCUCAACGCUUUGUCGACAUUUGCAUCGACACCUCGGCUUCUUUGAGCCUGUAGACUUUGUCCGAUUUGCGAGAGGCGGCUCCUGUUUGUAG